UCAUCCCGCGCGUCCCGUGCAUGUCGCUGUCGCCGCAAACUUUGACCUCCUCGGCGGCGAGCGCUUAGCAGAUCGCGAGAAGAACCCCUCCACACUCUAUCGCAGCGCGCUGCUUUGCGCGUCCCCUCUCCCAGGCUCGGCCAACACCGAUGGCCAAGAUACCAGACUCUCAGGCCGAAGAGCCGUUUCCUAUUUUCAACGAUGAUUUCUUCAACGAGUCGACGACACCAAUGGGCAGCCAAGCGCCAAUGCCUGCGGCGCCGCCAAAACCCGCGCGACAACCCCUCCAGAGCGCGGAUGCCAACGUCGUCCUCAAUCCACCAACGGCUGCCGCGGCCAAGCGGUCCCCUCUCAAAUCAAACAAUGCGCGGCCUUCCAAUGCAGCACCGCUUGCCCCGCUCAACGCGUCGCAGGGCAACAAACUCAACACGGUUCAGAUGAUGCCGCCCAGCAAUGCGCCGCCACCGACGGACUCGCUCGAGAAGAAGCAGCCGGUCAUGUCCCGAUUCAAGACGGUCGCAAAAAAGCCGCAACCGGAUUCCAACGCGCAGUUGACCAGCAAGGAAAAUUCACACCCUCCGAUCUAUCCGGCCCCGUCUCCUUCGCAAUUCAAUCUUGACCUGGAAAACUACUACCAGAAACCGUCAGGGAAGCGCACCUUGAUGGAACCCGCGCCAAUCAAGGAAAUCCGGCCAGCAAAGAAGCAGAAAGUCGACGACCCUCUUCCCCCGCCCGAUUCAUUUCCCCCGAUCAUCGACGAUGGCACGAAGCCGAACCACAGCUAUGCGACCUUGAUCGCCAUGGCGAUCAUCAGGUCCCCCCAGCGGAGGUUGACUUUGUCCCAAAUCUACAAGUGGAUUUCCGACACGUUCUCGUACUACCGGGGCGACAACACGGGAUGGCAGAACAGCAUCCGGCACAACCUCAGUCUCAACAAGAGUUUCGUCAAGCAAGAGCGGCCGAAGGACGAUCCGGGAAAGGGCAGUUACUGGUCGAUUGAGCCAGGCACUGAACACACGGUGCUCAAGGAGAAGCCCUCGAGGAAGUCUGCGGCGCCCACAGCUGAGAAUAUGCCGGUCAUGUCGACGCGCCUAGAGCCGUCGCAGCCUCAGCAGCCUCAGCAGCAGCCGCUGCUGCAACAACAACAACAACAACAGCAGCAGCAGCAGCAGCCACGGCCACCUUGCGUAUCCGAGCCCAUGCUCCCACCGCAGCCUGCAGCCCCCCAAAGCAUUCUCCCCGCGCUACCCCCGCAGCCGUCCCAGCAACUCGCACCUGCACCGCCAUUGCCGGAAAUCUCAUCGGAUGCCACCAUCCCCGCGUCGGAUGCCGCUACUAUCGAGGAGGGAGUGAGCGGACCUGCUGAGAAGGACAUGCAUCACGAGCCAGAGCUAUACUCCCCUCUCCCUGCGGCGAUGCACUCAUCGCCGCCCAUUCCAAGGCGCUUAGAGCCGCGCCAUAGCGGCACUCCUCCCUCGCAGCAACGGGUGCAGCAACAAUCGUCGGCCACUAAGUCCCGUCACCGGCGAAGAUUCAUGUCGAUGGACGACAGCGGUUACAUCUCGUCCCUUGAGUCGUCGGCCAUGCGCCCGAACCAGCACGCCAAGCUUCUCACGUCCGAGGCUGACCGCCCGAGGAUCAAGAGGGGACGUGCCGAAGAGGAAAUUGCUCGUCUUCGUGCCUCCUCGUAUGACAGUCCGUCGAAGGGCCGUUCGCAUGGGUAUGCUCCGCCCUCGUCGUCGCCCAUCAGACAGACAUCAAGCAGCGGAAACGGCCAGAUGCUUCCGCCCCUGACCCCGGCAAUGAAGCUGAAGGCGCCGCCGAAACCCCCGCCGUCCGUUUCUCCCAGCACAAAUCUCCGCCUUCACCGCGAGAACAUCCAGUCCAUGGUUGAUUCGCCGUUUAGGCGCGUCUCUGCAUUGCUACCGGAAGGUGAUGGGGAGUCUGCUGCACAGCAAACGCCUGGCUUGCACGGAGAACAUCUGUGGUACUACCUGGAACAAUCUGGCGACAACAAUUCGGGCUUUGACAUCUUUGAGGAUCCGGCCGAUUUCCAGAACCUCUUUGCUCUGACCCCCACUGUUACCCACACUGGCUCCCCGGCCAAGCGGUCCGUGAAAAAGCAGCGUGCCGAGCGGUCGCAGUCAACCAGCGCGAUGAGCAAUGCUGCAAACUCGGCUCCCAGCACCUCCAAGUCGAAUUCGUUCCUCAAGAUACCCAACCAGACGCCCAAUUUGACGCUAGAGACACCGAGCAAAGUCUUUGACGGACUUCCGUCUUCGCCGAGCAAGGUCUUUAUGGAUAUGCAGUCACCGAGCAAGAUGCCCCUCAUCAAUGACGAGAACUUGGACGUGUUCCACGGGGUAAACCUCAGCGGCCUCGACACGCCAGACUUCCUCGACGAGAACGAUUUCUCCGGAUUCGACAUGCUCGCCGGCUUCGAAAAGAUUGGCUCGAAUAACGCGCAGGCUUCGCGGAAUACCAGCGGUAGCAAGGGAACGCUUAACCGCGCCCACACGUCGAUGUUUUAAAGAGCUGCCUUCUUCCCCGUCCCUUUCCGCCUGUCCUCGAGGGUUGAUGGUUACGAAUGUUUUUUAACGAUGUCACGAACAAAGCCAAGCACAUCAUAGCAUCUCACUGCUGCAUCUGUCCGGCGUUGUUGGCUUACCCGCGAAACGGGACUGUUGGGACGCAACAAAAAU